AUGGGGUUCGGAAGGCCGUCUGCCGCAAUGGCGGCACGACUGCAGGUGGACAUUCAGAACGUCGACGCGCGCCAGGAGACAACCGCCCUGACCAACGCCGACGCCGCGUUAGCGGUUCGAACGAAAGCUGCUCCUAGUUCCGCGGGAGGGACCGCUUUCUUCUCCGCCUACUCCUUCUCAAAACUACCCCCGAUGGUCGAAAUCGACCCUGCCAAAAGCAACAGUAGCAGCAGCGGCGGCAGCGGCAGCGGCGGCAGCGGCCGCAGAGGAGAGGAGGGGGAGGUAGAGGAGGGGCAGAUUGCGCCAGCGGUUUUAUCGGAAGGGUUAAGCAAGGGCAUGGAGGCCUUCGACGAAGAGCUUCAUAACUUUCUCAGUUACGAGGGCGAGGAUGGCGGGGGGGAAGGGGACGUGCGAGCCGCGGUGGCGGCAGCGGAGGUUGUGGCCGCAUCGCCUUCGUCUGCGGCGAUGCCGAAGGUCCCUGACUCGCCGGACUUUGCCAAGUACAUCGGGCAAGCGGCAGCGAAGGCCUCUGCCGCGGUCGCUAACCCUGUUAUCGCACAGCAGGUGCAGGCUACGCUUAAUAACGAGGCGCCUACUAACGCGGUCAGCGAGCAACAACAGACCCAACAGCAGCAGCAGCAGCAGCAGGAGGCGGAGGCGCAGAACCAACAGCAAGCGCUGCGCCGCAGACUGGGUCCUACCGCGCUGAAGGCUUUCCCCGCGCCCGACGCGCUUCUUACCGCCUCUCCCAGCGGCGGAAAGAAGAAGGUCUCCGCGUUCCGCCAAGCCGCCAUCGCUCGCCACCUCCAAUCCGUCUCCGCGGUAGGCGCGGGCGGCUCGCCGAACAGUAACCAGGUUAGCUUAUCCGCCAAUUCCGGCACGUUAAGCCCUGCGGUUUUAAGGGGGGAUUCCCCCUCAAAGACAGCAGUCGCUAAUCACCGUUUGGCCGCCGCCAUUGCCGCCGCUUCCCGCGGAGCAAGCGGAACUGGUUCCUCCCCAUCUCCCGCCCAGAUUGCGGCGGCGGCGAGCGCCGCGACGCGGCUAGCGAAGCGCCAUUCCGCCGAUCCGGAGCGCCCCGGCGCCGAGUCCGCCGGAGCGAACAGUGCGGGGAGCGCGGGGGGGAGCACCGGAGGAAGCGGAGGCAGUAACAGCGCGGGAAAGGGUGUGCCAUGGGAAUUGACGCGGUCGAAAACAGGCGACUCGGGUGGGUCAGCGCAUGGGGAAGAAGGCACUCGCGAAGUGCCGGCGCGGAGUGCGGGGACGGGGAUGGGGAUGGGACUGGGGAUGGGGAUGGGGAUGGGGAUGGGAAUGGGGAUGGGGUUGGCGGAAGCCGAGGAGGGCGGAGCGGCGAUCGCGCGGCGGAAGACCGCGGAUCAUUUGCACACCAUGCGGAACGCGCGCGAAGCGGAGAGAAGCAUGCAAUCGCAGCGCUUCCCCUCGUCUCGCUCCACGAUGACCGGCGGCGACAUGCCCGUUUCGCUGGAAGAGCUGUGCAGCGGCGGUAUUGACGAACUAAGCGACACGGACGAGUUUGGUGCCAGCGACUCGGACGGAGAGGAUCUUAUCGAGGGGCUAAUUCUCCCGUUAGAAAGUCACGCGGUACCGGAACAAGAUACACAAGGGAUGACUCGAACGAGGUCCCUCGGGAACCUCGAAUCGGCUCUCGAAGCGGCUGUUGCGGCGGAUCUGGCCGUUCUGCCGUUCGACGCGGCGAAGACAAGCAGCACCGGCGGCGGCUCGGGGGAGCUUAUUCGUAUGGCGGGAGCGAGAGGCGGGCAACAGGAGUUCAGCACGUUAAAGAGCGCGACGCGGAGAGCUUCGAUUGCUGGGAGCGCUGUAACGGCGGCUUCGGCGGCAGUAGCGGCGCGAGGGAAGGGCUGGGGAGUCGGCCUGCUGCACGCGAGGGAGGCUCUAGGCGGCUCCGGUUCGUUCGACCUCGAUCGACUUGCCAAUAAGCGAGUUGACUUUGGCGGCGCGCAAGGUUUGGGGACACAAACGGGGGGUGUGACUAGAAUGAAGGAGGGGGGAAACGUGGUAAAGUCGGGAGAGGUGGACCGUUUCCCGAGCACUCAAGCGUCCGAAGGUGUUUCUCCAGGUGGGGGCUCUGUGGGUUCAGGUGGUGGCGACAGUGGUCGUCUUUCGUCCCUUUCUGCUUCCGCGUCGGGUGGUUCGGGGUUGGAGCUUUACUCUCCGUAUCCGGCUGGUGGUAACCCUAACGAUAUCGCCACAGGUCUGGCUUCCUCUGGCGGCAGCGUUGGUACCGAUGUGUUCAGUGGCGGUUUGGAUCCGUACGGUGUAGCUGCCGUACCUCUUCCCGUGCCUACGCUCUCGCCUCGGCCAUCCAGCUCUGGCGGGGACAGGCCUGCUGGUGCUGGGAGGAGAAGGGACGGGGGGAUGGGGGGAGGGGGAGUCGGAGGGCUGGAAGCGUCUGGGUUAGGCGCAGGGGUUGGCGCGCAGGUUGUUGUCAAGGCGGAAAGGGAUGCGGAUGGGAGGGCAAAUGCGGAGAAAAUGGUGCUGAGGUGUCCUACUUCCAAUGGAACCAAGAUAUGCGAUCACCUUCUGGCCGCCUUUCUCGACAUCACCGAAUCCCCCAUGGGCGUGAUUGCCUCCGUGCUGCAUCGUCACGAUGGUUCCCCUUAUCUCAAGACCCAUGCAGCAACCAACGUGGCAUGGACGCCAGAGCUGCACCAGUGGUGUCUGGCCAACUACGCCAGCGGUCUCGUAUUCACCAACAUGAAAUCCCUUCUAGGCGCCUCCAUCGCCUCCCGCCAGCCCCACAUCUCCAACCAUCCGCUCUCCGACCCCCAGUCCUCAGGAACUCCGCCGGGGCAUCCAACGCUCCACUCCUUCCUCUCUGUGCCUGUCUUCAUGGGCACCGAGCUAGUGGGCGUGUGGAUGGUUGCGAACAAGGAGGGAGGUUAUAACGAGGAUAUAGUGCAGAUAGCAGAGCCACUAUCAGCAACGCUGGGGCAGAUUCUGUUUGGCAUCAGCAAGAGGAAGCGAAGAAUGGAGGCCAAGAGCAAGCUAUAUGAAGGCCGAGUGCCGGCCGCUGGAGAGUCCCGUCUGGUGGUGGACGCCUUGGAGGACUUCAUGUUGCUCGGAGUUGACGCUCACCUGGACAAGUCCUGCUGGUCCAUGGCACGAGUUGACGCUCAUCUGGACAAGUCCUGCUGGUCCAUGGCACGCCAGCGCACCGGCAAGACCAUUCUGGCGCUCGUGCGCAUAACCAAGCAGAACCUGCCCACGGGUGCUGCUUUCAUUUGCUCAGUGUGGGAGAUGAUUCCACCUGAGUAUGCAAAGCUGCUCCGAGGAACCCAGUGA